AUGUAUCCAAGAAGUCGACGAAAAAAACGUACAGAAAGUAUGGAAGUUACUACUGGUGAACGUGAAUCGGAUGAAGAAGAUGAUGAUAUUAUACGUCAAGUGUCAAAAGUAAAACAAUAUUCUCAACAAAAAGACUUUACAAAUUCAAUUAGUCCUAUAGCUAUUGCUUCCUUAUCCAGUCUCGCAGGUAAAACUAUUCAUUUAAUAUUUAAUUUUAAUAGAUGUUAAGGUUUUAACACAUUAUCAUAAGAUGUAUUGCAAUUAUACAGCUUCUUGUCUAUUGUUUAGAUUAGAAUACAUUAAAUAGAUUGAUAAUCUUUUUUUUUCUUCUUUUUACAACGAAAAAAAAAAGAAACAUUUUUAGUAAAUGAAAUUUCUAUUUUAAUUUUGUAUAUUGUUUAUAAUAUUAACAUAUGCUAUGUAACAAUGACAAAACCGAUUUUGUCUUCUACUUGUCCUUGUACACAACGCCCUUUUUUUGUGUUUAGUUUAAUUGCUCUUAGAAUGAUUUUUGAAGUGGAACAGAACCGAAGCAUUUUAAUUAAGUACAGUUUGACGCCUCGAUUUACGUCAAAAUCUCUAGACAGAAAAAAAUUUAAUCUU